GCGGCGCGGAAGCGGCUCCGGAGGCGGGAGACUCAAGGUGGCCGAGACCGCCAUGGAGAAGAAAGCGAAGCGGGUUGGUUUGUGGCUAAGGAAAAUAUUGGGGAAUCAGCCUAUUCCACAGUUUGAAGUGACUGAGACAUCAGUUAAUAUCUUGCAUGAGAUUGCAGCGUGCAAUGAAGCCAGAGACAGGGAAAUUCUUUUGCUGAUAGAGAACGUGAAGCAGAGGAGAGCAGCAUAUGAAGCAGAAGCUAAAUAUCUACAGGACAUUCUGGAAGAAAGCCUGGGUCUUUCCCCAUCUAGGCUGUCCCAUAAAGCCUCCAAAUGUCUUGAUGUCCUGGCAAAGAGUGCAAUGAUACUUGAAACAAAGGACACUUCUCUUAUCAGCUUCUUCAGUGCCAUCAAUGAUAUGACUGCAGAGGUGUAUGCAACAGAAGCAAAAAACAGAAAAAUGAAAAGGGAACUGAUCAGGAUGAGGGACAAACUAACUGCAACACUGCUGUUGGAGCAGAAAUUAAAGGAGGAUAUUAAAAAAACAGAAGAACAACUGGAAGUAGCAAGUAUCAAAUCUGAAAUCCGAAAAUGUGAUUUGAAGUUCUUAAAGGAUAAAAGUCUGGAUAUGGCAAUCAGGAUCAGAAUUGCUGAGGAGAAGUUUCUGGCCUCUGACUUUGACAAGUCGCUGACACAUGAUUCACUGAUGGAAUUGGCUGAGAAAGUGGCUAAACUGAAUAAAGAAACUGCAGCUUUGCAGAAGAGGCUGAAGGCUUACGAAGAUUUACCUCCUAGCAUUAUUCUUGCACAAGUGAAGAUUGCAGAAGCAAAACGAGAACUGAAUAUCUUGGAGGAAGUGUUCACAGCAGAGAUUAACAAGGCAUUUUCUGAUAUGCCCAGGAGUUACCGGUACACUUGAAGGGGACUGCAAGGAAGAUGAUUUCCUUUCCAGUGUCUGCUUGCAGUAGUAAAACAUUUGGGGCUUGUUACUGUACUUCUGCUGCUUUUAGCCUUACCCUUCUUGCUGUUGGAUGGCAUGUUUGUGACCUCCCAGCAAGCAUGCUCAAGCCUACAGCUCAUGUAGCCUUGUAUUUGUAAACCUCACUUAAUUUUCAUUAAAUAUCCCCCAAACUUGC